CUGGAUUAAAGCAACCAAAUUUGAUUGCUAAUCUGCUCCAUUCCACAUUUCUCUGUUUCAAACCACAAAAAGUGGGAGAGAGAAACCCUAGCCUCCAUGGACAAGGAGAGCUCAAGCCGUAAACGAAGAGAUUCCGACUCACAUCGCGAUCGAGACACGCUCAAAGACCACCACCACCGCUCUAAGCACGAUGAAGACCGCCUCAGAUCCGACGAACACCAUCGCCGUCGCUCGGACUCUAGAACCGAGCGAGAGGGAAGCAAGGAUCGAGAAAUGCGCCGGGAGCGCGACAGAUCUCGUUCAGUCGAGAGAAAAAAGAGGAAGGAGAGAAGCGAUAAAAGAACUAAGGUUUAUGAUGACAAUGGUAGGGAGAAGCGUAGAUUUGAAGAUGAUAAAAUGGGGAAAGUAAGUGAGAGUCCUGGAUACGAGGGGAAGUCUGUGAAUAAAGAUGUAAAGGAUGAUUACCAUGGGAGUGGAAAGCAAGGGGAGACUGGUUCUGUUGCCAACGGUGCUACAACAGGGCCAAUCACAACACUCUCUAGCACUUCAUUUCAGACUUCUCCGGCUCGUAGCCUUUCUCCUACUACUAAGGUAUCUUCAAUUACCAAGACAAAUGAAAAUAAGGGAGUUAAUAUUAACAGAUCUCAUGAGGUUCCUGGGAAAUCCAGUACAGAUGGGACAGCUUCUGAUGUUGGAAAGAGUGGGGGUUUGUCCCUUGAUGCUUUAGCAAAAGCUAAGAGAGCCUUACAAAUGCAGAAGGAGCUUGCACUAAGAAUGAAGAAGAUUCCUGCUUUGAACAGAGAUUCAGCGUCAACCGGUGGUGGUAGUUCAGGAGUGGGUGAAAAGGAGGUUGCUAAAUCUGCUUCAUCCAGUAAAGGUAUAUUGCCGACGCCAGUGUCUACCUCAGUGAUUCCUUCUGGAGUUGCAUUAAGCGCUUCAACUUUACCAGUUGGCACAUCAACCACAGUCACUCCCCCACAGAUUGGUUUGCCUCAUCUUCCUGGACUCACUGCGCAAAAAUAUGAAGCUGUAAAACGUGCACAGGAGCUAGCUGCCAAGAUGGGAUUCAGACAAGAUCCAGAGUUUGCUCCGCUCAUUAAUAUGUUUCCAGGUCAAAUGCCCCCUGAGGUCACCAUUCAACCAAAGCCUUCAAAAGCACCCGUGCUUCGUCUGGAUGCAUUGGGCAGGGAAGUGGAUGAGCAUGGCAAUGUGGUAAAUGUUCCAAAAGUAAACAGCUUGAGUACUCUCAAGGUGAAUAUCAACAAGCAAAAGAAAGAUGCCUUUCAAAUUCUCAAGCCCGAACUUGAUGUGGAUCCCGAUGAAAAUCCUCAUUUUGAUGCAAGGAUGGGAAUUGAUAAAAAUAAACUGUUGAGGCCUAAGAAGAUGACCUUCCAGUUUGUGGAGGAAGGCAAGUGGUCAAAAGAAGCAGAAGUUAUUAAAUUAAAGUCUCAAUUUGGGGAGGCAAAAGCAAAGGAGCUAAAGGCAAAGCAAGUGCAGUUGGCGAAGGCAAAGGCAGAACCUGAUAUAAACCCAAAUUUGAUUGAAGUAGGAGAGAGGGUGAUUACCAAAGAAAAACAACAGGAACCAAUUCCUGAUGUGGAGUGGUGCGUCAUGGAUGUGCCUUUUCUACACUCUGGCACUUACGGCGAUGUACUCAACGGCGAGAUAAUAAAAGAAAACAUCAAAACGGACAAAAUCACGAUUUACGUCGAGCACCCCCGGCCGAUCGAGCCACCUGCCGAGUCAGCACCCCCUCCACCCCAACCCCUAAAGCUGACCAAAAAGGAGCAAAAGAAAUUGCGCACACAACGUAGGCUUGCCAGGGAGAAAGAACGUCAGGAGAUGAUCAGGCUUGGUGUGCUGGAGCCACCGAAGCCCAAAGUCAAAAUGAGCAACCUCAUGAAAGUCCUCGGCUCAGAAGCCACUCAGGACCCCACACGUCUCGAGAUGGAGAUAAGAAGCGCUGCAGCUGAACGUGAACAGGCCCACAUCGACAGAAACGUGGCCCGCAAACUGACCCCAGCCGAACGCCGUGAAAAGAAGGAGAGAAAGCUAUUUGACGACUCUAAUGCUUUUUUGGAGACAAUUGUCUCGGUUUACAAGGUGAAUGACCUCUCUCAUCCUCAGACCCGUUUUAAGGUGGACAUCAAUGCCCGGGAGAACAGGCUGACUGGAUGUGCGGUGAUUUCGCAAGGGAUUAGCGUGAUUGUUGUCGAGGGUGGAGCUAAGUCGAUUAAGAGGUAUGGGAAGCUUAUGCUCAAUAGGAUUGAUUGGGCUUCUGCUGUUAAGAAGGAUGAGGAAAAUGAUGAUGAUGAUGAUGAUGAGGAUGAUGAUGAGGAGAAGCCUCUGAAUAAGUGUGCGCUUGUCUGGCAGGGAAGUGUGGCUAAACCGAGUUUUAAUAGAUUUUUUGUCCAGGAGUGCAGGACUGAGGCAGCUGCCCGGAAAUACUUUUUUGAUCACGGGGUUCUGCAUUAUUGGGAUCUUGCGGUUAAUUUCACAGAGGAUGUUAUAUAGAUUUGCUACUUGAGCUCUUGUUUCCAUUUUGGGUAUGUUGAAUGUUACGAAUUGCCAGGUGACGGAGUUCAUUGGACAACUUUUUAUUUUCCUUCUUUUUAUUUUUUUUUCUUUCUUUCUCCUCGUGGCAGGGUUAACAGAAAGCAGAUGCAUGUUGGUUCUAUACGCUCUAAUAUUCUCCGCUGUAUCUUGUUAUUUCCCUGUUGACAGUUUGUUCAUUUUAUUUUGACCUGAAACCCAAUUUUUAUUUGGUGGGUAAUUGAGAUUGCUUCAUAUUAUUAUUAUGGAUUACUGUUCGAC